AAAUGUAUAAUAGAGAUGAAGAUUUGCAAAACUAAGUGUUUUUUUGUAUUUUCUGUUUUAGGUCUUCAGCCUGCUAGCACCAAAGCUCAACCACCAACAAUCGGAAAGUCUCACAGACCGAGUUCCGGUGUUUUACCUCAAGGUCACACUCCCGGACCGGGUCCUGGGACUCAGCAAAAUAGUCGAAGUUUCGCAGCUGCCCUGAGAUGUCUGGCGAAACAAGCGGGUCCAGCACCUCAAGAGGAGGAGCCGCGAGCUAGUCCUAAAAACCGAGCGCCUCCUCCUCUUGUUCGAGGGCCGUCUCCUGCCAAGGAGCGAACGACACAUGAGCGUCGACCAGAAGAAAUACCUUCUUUAUAUACAACUGCCAGGCCUGCAGAGACCAGCAAACACAAUGUUACUGCCACAGCUUCCGAAUUACUGGCCAGAUCUGGUUUUCAACCCUAUCGGCCCGAACAUCAUCCCGCUCAUGCACCGCCACCACCUUUUGCCCUGGACCCCGCCGCCUACAGUCCCUAUCAUCAUAGUCUCUAUCCACCACCACACUUGCAACACGCUUAUAGAAUAGAAGAACAAUUGUAUUUGGAGAGAUGUAAUAUGUUGAGACAGCCAUUGUUUCCUGGCCUCCCAUCAUAUCCUCUCUAUGGAUUGAGAUAUAGUCAAGACAUGAUGCCACCGGGUUCGCUGAGCCUCAUGUCCCCAGUGAUGCACGAACGACUGAAGCUGGAAGAGGAACACAGAUUGAGGCAGGCAAGAGAGCAGGCUGUACUACGUGAGGAGGAGGAGAGGAGAAGAGUAGCACGAAAUUCAGCUCCCACAGCCCCUGUCGCAGCACCUGCGCCUGCAUCUGCUGAUACUGCAGCUAGGAAGCCGACCAUAGCGGCUCAGUUGCACAGCAGCGAGAGGGAGCGCGAUCGUGAUAGAGAGCGAGAGAGGGAUCGAACGACGAUCAGUAACAAUAACAACAAUCCUAGCAAUAUUAAUUCAAACGGAGGGACCAUCGGCAAUCAUCAUCAACAGCGAAAGGAAGAACAAUCUUCCCUUUCCCAUCUUCCGCCACAACAACAACAACAACAACAACAACAACAACAACAACAACAACAAUCGUCGUCAGAUCCAUCAACAAGCCUCUAUCAUUCUCGCCUAUCACAAUUUCCAAAUUCAACAACACCAAUAGGUCCACCAUCAAUGGGUUCUGCUCCUAUUUGUCCCGUUAGUUCAGCACCAAUUCCCUCUCCAAUGGGGACAAAUUUAUCGACUCUUAAUCUUGGACCACCAACAAUAACGUCGUCACCCAUUUGUCCUCCUCAAAUCCCAGGCGUUAUUGGUCCACAAUCACUGAAUAUCCCUCUUGCUCCAAUCAUCUCGAUACCCUCACUACACCUUCCGCCUGUACCAACAUGUACCAUUCAUUCUAGUCAGCAUACAGCUACAAUUUUGAGUACAACUUCUACGGCCAGUUCUUCAUUGUACCAGCAACCACUUCCACCUCAGCAUCGAAUCCACUCGUCUGGAUGUACAACGACUGUUAAUACUUUAUCCGCAAGCGGAAUGAUGACCACGCACGUCACCCAUUCUCUCUCCGGAGUCUCGCCCUCUGGGAAUCAGACAAGCAACGCCGGCAAAUCGCCACCAAUUUCUCACGGACUUCACGCAAGGAGUAAAGAAUCAUCAUCAUCGAUAACAACCUCAACGCCUAUUAGUACAGUAAUUUCAACGACAUCAUCAUCAAUAACGACAACUCCAGCAGUGACAACAACAACAUCAACAGUGCCAGUAAAUCCACAACCAGCCUUCGUGAGACCCUUCGAAGAUUCUUUUCGCUCCACAACAAAACCACCCCAGAGAACCCUAACAAACAAUCAUUCGCAGAUUAUAACAAAUCAGGACUCACUGAUGAAAACAUACGUGUCAAUUGCCCCCUCACUAAUCAAUCAAAUCACCGAAACCUCCUGCAAGGAUGCAAAUUCAAAAACAAACCAUCAACAUCAAAUGAUGCAACCAAUUCCCUAUCCACCGCCAUUUCAUCAUCCCCACAUUCCCGUCACUCACGUCCCAAGUCUUUACAAGCCACCUCACUUCUCCUCACCCCCAAUACAUCAUCAGCACCAAAAAUUAAGUCUAUCCAAUUCGAACGGAAAUACCGCUGAUAGUUUAAAGCAUCAGAAUCACAAUCACAAUCACGAAUCUCGAGAAACAAACACAUCGACUUCGAAUAACGGAGAAAAAAUCCCCCAGCCAAUCGCCUCGGCCAAUUAUUAUCUGAGCCACGUGCCACAAAACGCAAAAAUGUUCAAUACCCAAAAUAACAAUAAUCCAGAGAAGGAGAACAAGGAGGUCUUCGAGAAAAGUAGGGAGAAGGUUAACGAAAAAGAAAACGACAGCCAAGCUCGCAUUCAAGAAUCGAAUCAGGAAUCAAGUCACGAUUCGGGUUCGAAUCUAGGAAACCCCAACAACCAAAGUCACAAUCUGAACCCAAAUCAAAACUCCAAUCAUGGUCUGAAUUCGAACUCGAUGUUGAAUACCAAUCAGGGUCUGAAUUCGAACUCGAUGUUAAAUGCCAAUCAGGGUCUAAACUCGAAUUCGAGUCUAAAUACCAACCAGAGUCUAAAUUCGAAUUUAAAUACCAACCACUGUCUAAAUUCAGCCCCGAGUUUAAAUGCCAAUCACUGUCUGAAUUCAGCCCCGAAUUUAAAUACCAACCAUUGUCUGAAUUCAACCCCCAGUUUAAAUUCCAACUCGAGCUUAAAUUCCCCCCGUGGUUUAAAUUCAAACCAAAGUUUAAGUUCCAACCAGAAUUUAACCCAAAACCAGAGUUUGACUCCAAGUUUACCACCAAAUCAGAAUUUAACUCAAAGUUUAAACCCAAACCAGAGUUUAACUCCAAGUUUAACCCCAAACCAGAGUUUAACUCAAAACCAAAUUCUGAACUCCUCCCAAACUGCAAAUCAACUACAAACAUUAAAUCAAAAUUUAAAUCACUGCCAAAUGCUGAAUCAACAAUCAGGACAAACAUCGGUUCAAAAUCAAAAUCAAAAUCAGAAUCAGAAUCAGAAUCAGAAUCAAAAUUUAAAAUCAAUGAAUCACAAUGUCGACAAUAGGCAGACAAACUACAAUUCGGGAAAAGCUGGCGACUUGGAAAACAAGAAUGAACAGAAUUUCAAUAUUCAGUACAAUAUCCAACAACCGUUUCAACAACAAAAAUUCAAGUUCACAUUAAAUGAUAAUGUACAAAAGCCAAUUGACACUGCACAACUUAUACAGAGUAUAAAAUCGGAGGAGGUGUUGCGCACCUGUCAAAAUGUAUCGAAUGUUCUACUGCAAAUACCCAAGUAUCAGGAGAAGCUGUUAAAUUUUUCCACUGGGGAAUUAAAAUCAACAACAACAACAACAAAAACGGCAACAGGCUUCUGCAUCACUGACAAGUGCAAUAAUUUAACGGAAAUUCCGAUGAAAUACGAGACGGCGGUAUUAAAUGUGCCGGAUAUUAGUAAAACAUUAUUAUUGAAAAAGGAAGAUGAGAGUGAUGGUUAUUUUUGUGUACCGGAAUCGCCGAAAAAAUUACGUUCAACACUCGAUUUGGCUGAGAAGAGACGUAAGAGAAAGCGUGAGAAAAAUAAUGGUAUCAGUAAUAAUUGUCACUCGGAAUCGGAAGACGACGAUAGUAAGGAAAUUGAUCUUUGGAUUACUAAAGGGCCGCCUUCGAAACCGCAAUAUUCGAAUGAGAAACUUGCAUUUCUUGCGAUGUUUGGUUUAACGACUCUCAGCAUCAAAAAUGAAAUGGAAUUAUAUAAAGUGGAGAAACGCUAUAGAUUAAAUCCGGAUCCACCAGAACCGCCAAUGGAAAUUGAACCGGCAGUGGAAUCGGUUUUGCCGAUUCCAAAAGAACAUCCGGACGUUCUGCUUCAUUCUACCGAUUUUGUGCCAAAAGUUGGAUUUUUAAAGAAUAUCGGUCUCGAUAUAAUGCCACCAAGUAAAAGAGAUGAAGCGGAAAUAAGUUGGCAGUACAUAUUGCAAGAUCGAAAGAAGAGAAAAAGUAUGAAUAGCGUUACUGCAUAUUGUGAUCGAAUCGCCAAAGUUUAUUCAAAUAAUCCACCAUCAGCGCCAAAACCACCGCAAAGAAUGAGGCUUUUGGAUAAAAUAAAAGUCAAGCACAUACCAGAAAGACCGCCACCACUUCCGCCAUUAGUGCCGAAUAUUGUCUCCGCCUAUUAUCCAAUUCUUCCACUUCCAGGCGAAAAUGGAGUGAAACAUUACAAAUAUUCGGAAAUAAAUGACGACGCCGAAGAGAUGGGCAAUAAUGAUAACAGCGAUAAGCCCAAGUGGAAUGGAAUCGAAGAUAUUGUCCAAGCCUACAGGGAUUAUCAAAAGGAGAAGACAAUGGAAAAGAAGGUAUUGACUGUUCAGACUUCGAAAUUAGUGGGACAAACGAACAGUUUGCGAUCCGAAGCCUUGCAAUUGGAGCGAAGAUGGUAUGAAUUGGUGGAUUUGAGAAGCUCAUUAGAUUCCGAGAAACGUGUUCUUAGUCAAAAAAUUGAAAGGAUCAAUGCACUUGUCAGGGCUCUUAGGUAGCGAUGCGCAACGCACAACACGGAAAUUCUUUCAUCUGUGAUAUUAUCAAAGGGUUAAGGGCCAUUGGCACUUAAAACAGUCACACAACAAAACGGUGAAAUUUCACUGUUAACUUUUAUUCUUUUGACAAAUUUUUGUUAUAGAAUUUUUCUUGCCGAGACAAAUAUCGAAACAUUUAUUUCCUUUCUUUAUUUUACAAAAUAGAGAAACACGAGCUGUCAAGUGCAAUGUUUAGAUGUUUUUUAAAGCUCGAUUUUAGCUUUUUUAUUUUUCUUUCUAUUUUUUACAUUUUUAUAUAGAUUCUGUAACUGCGAAUAAUUAAAAUUAAAUUUUAAAAUUCGGUUCGAAAUUUCGCCUGAUUUUAUUGAAAUCAAUUCGUAAAGGAAAUAAAACAAAAAAAAAUUGUAAUGGAUUAAAUAAAUUAAGAACUAAUCGUUCUUAAUUUUUAUUUCCUAAUUCUAACCGAAUUAAUCAUUCGGUUUUAAUAAAAAAAUUGGAGAGUCAGAUUAAAUUCGUCAACUUGAAAUUUUACUUUCAAAUUAGAAUCGAACAAAAUAAUUUGUUGUA